ACGCAUAUUGUAUCUUCGACGCACAUUGCUUAGCUUCCUCUUCAAAAUGGCGGCUGUACUAGAAGAGGUCGGCAAGUCAGCCGAAAAAUUAAUAGACGAGGAAAAAGAUGAGAUCGUAGAUCAAGAGGACGAAACUGGAGCAGCAGAAGCAUCGAAAAAGAAAAAAAAGAAGAAGAAGAAGAAGAAGGCCGGUGCUGGAGAGGCAAGUGCUGAUGUACCAGAAGGAGAUGAUAAGGCAAAGGAGGAUGAUCAAACAAAAAAUGAUGAUACAGUUGUUGAAGGGUCAACGGAAGUAAAUGACAAUGAAACUGAAACUGGAACAGAAAAUGAAGAUGCUAAGAAAAAAAAGAAGAAACGUAAAUCACGUAAUAAGGCUGGUGGGGUUAAACAACAAACUGAACGACCUUCAAUUCCUGUCUCAGAAUUAUUUCCCGAUGGAAACUUCCCUAUCGGAGAAAUAAUGGAUUACCCUCCUGCCGCUGGAAUUGACGAAAGAAGUGCUAAGAAUCGUUUUACAAGCGAAGAAGCACGUGCUUUGGACAGAAUGCAUAGCGACAUUUAUAAUGAAGCUAGACAAGCUGCAGAAGCACAUAGGCAGACAAGAAAGCAUAUUAUGAAAUGGGUUAAAUCAGGAAUGACUAUGAUAGAAAUUUGCAAUGAAUUGGAAGAUACGGCUAGAAAAUUGAUAGGAGAAGACGGAUUGAAAGCAGGAUUGGCAUUUCCAACAGGUUGCUCAAGAAAUCAUUGUGCAGCUCAUUAUACUCCUAAUGCUGGAGAUCCGACUGUUUUGGAAUACGAUGAUGUUACGAAAAUAGAUUUUGGCACACACAUCAAUGGACGUAUUAUCGAUUGUGCAUUCACCUUAGCAUUUAAUCCAAAAUAUGAUAAACUUAUUGAAGCAGUUCGCGAUGCUACUAAUACUGGAAUUAAAGCUGCUGGUAUUGAUGUUCAGCUUUGCGAUGUUGGUGCUGCUAUUCAAGAAGUUAUGGAAUCAUACGAAGUUGAAAUAGAUGGUAAAACUUAUCAGGUUAAGUCAAUCAGAAAUUUAAAUGGACAUUCAAUUGCACCUUAUCGAAUACAUGCAGGAAAAACAGUACCAAUAGUUAAAGGCGGCGAGGCCACAAGAAUGGAAGAAAAUGAAUUUUAUGCGAUUGAAACAUUUGGAUCUACCGGAAGAGGUGUCGUCCAUGAUGAUUUGGAAUGUUCUCAUUAUAUGAAAAGUUUUGAUGCCGGAUAUGUACCGCUCAGAUUACAGAGCAGCAAAUUUUUACUUAAUAUUAUAAACAAGCAUUUUGGUACUUUAGCAUUUUGUAAACGUUGGUUGGAUCGUGUCGGUUGUACCAAGUAUCAAAUGGCAUUGAAAGAUUUGUGCGAUAAAGGUGCAGUUGAAGCUUAUCCGCCACUAGUCGAUGUCAAAGGAUGUUACACUGCCCAAUUUGAGCAUACUCUUGUAUUACGUCCUACUUGCAAGGAAGUUAUUUCUCGAGGAGAUGAUUAUUAAUUCAUUCUCACUUUUACGAUUCCCUCAGAGGGCACUUAGCGUAAUCAUCGUAAAAUUAUUUCGUCAAUGUAAAAUUAGCAUUCAUCGCAAGUAAACGUACAUCAAGUAUUUUGUUACCAUCAUAAUAUUAGUAUUAUUUUUUCUUUCUUUCGUCCUUGAGAAAAAAAGAUAUUGUAAGGGGUGCUAUGAGCCUCGAUAUUGUAAAAAAAAAAAAAAAGAAAAAAAAAGAAAAAGAA